AAAACUGAAGAAGAAGAAGAAGAAGAAGCGGCUUCCGUCCAUCCGGCUGAACCAUCGGAAGCAGCAGAACCAUCAGAGGUUCUGGUCUCAGCAGAUCCCUGAACCCAGACAGCAGCAGCUCCUCUGAACCCACGAUGGACCAAGAAAACAUUUUCCUCUUCGUUCCCAAUUUGAUCGGUUACAGCCGCGUCCUGCUGGCGCUGCUCUCCUUCUACCUGAUGCCCUGCUGCCCCUGGCCCGCCGUCUGCUGCUACCUGCUCAGCGCCCUGCUGGACGCCUUCGACGGCCACGCCGCACGCCUGCUCAACCAGUCCAGCAGGUUCGGCGCCAUGCUGGACAUGCUGACGGACCGCUGCGCCACCAUGUGUCUGCUGGUCAACCUGGCUCUGCUCUACCCGUCCUACGCCUUCCUGUUCCAGCUCAGCAUGGUUCUGGACGUGUCCAGCCACUGGCUGCACCUGCACAGCUCCACCAUGAAGGGAUCUGGGAGUCAUAAGAGCAUCGACCUGUCGGGGAACCCGGUUCUACGCCUCUACUACACCUCCAAGCCGGUUCUGUUCGUCAUGUGCGCCGGGAACGAGCUGUUCUACUGCCUGCUCUACGUCCUGCACCACAUGGAGAACCCUGCAGGCUGGCUGGUUCUGCUGCAGGUUGUCUGCGGACUCGUCUGUCUGCUGAAGUCGGCCAUCAGCGUGGUGCACCUGGUCACCGCCGCCCAGAACAUGGCCGCCAUGGACGCCGCCGAGCGCCAGAUGGCGGCCAAGAAGCACUGAGGGAGGGGGGUGUGGGGGGGGCUGGGUUUCCUGUUCUGCUCUGUGAUGUUUAUGUUCCAUCCUGUUAAAGCAGGUUGAUCAUUGGAUCAGAACCAGAAGGUCCAAUCAGACUCUGAUCAGAACAGUUCCAGGAGGAAGACCAUCUGGACCCGUUUUCCACCCAGAACCUCUCCGGCCAGCAGGGGGCGCCGACUCCUGGACCCGCUCUGAUUUCUAGAAGUCGUUCAUUGAUGCUGAAGAACAUCUGGUUCUGAAUCGUUUCCUCGGUUCUGAAGUUCUGUCUGCUUCAUGCUGUCGGGUUCCUGUCAUGUUCCACCAUGUUGGCUCGUUGUUCCAGAACCCGGAUCAGAACCCGGACCCGGAUGCUGGGACCCGAAAGAAACAACCAGAAAUAAAACGAGGGGAAAGAGGGACCCCUCUGGUUUCCUGGAGCCUUUCAGGGCUAGCUAACCCUGAGGUCA